AUGACUCCACAGAAGGAUAAAACUCGUCUUCUGGAGGAUGGGAAAUUGGCUCAGACUGGUGUAACUACAGCAUCAGCCCCAUCUGGAACGCUGAACACUGAGAAGAGGAAUAACUGUGGUUCUCAGUGUGCCAACCCCAUGGUCCACAGCAUGGGAGCCACGACACAGAGGCAGAAUGGCUUCAGAACCACAGAGAGUAAAUGGAACUCACAGAAAAUGUCCACAAAAGAAGUUGCCAUUAAUGUUACAAAAAACAUCAGACAAAGUGACAGAAGGAAAACAAAGAAUUGUGCCAAUUAACAAAGAAAAUUGCAGGUGAGGAUGGAUUUAACAAUGCUUCACUACACUUUAAAUGUCAUCUGUCGCUGAAGAUGUGAAGAUCUCCAGAUGUUCCAGGUUGAAUACAGCAGGCAGCUGCUGUUGAGUGCCUUCAGAAGCAGGUCUUGUGGAAACCAGCUGCAGACACUGUAGGAUCUUCAGACAUCAUUUAUCUAAAGCAGUGGCACUACACAGACAUACAACAAAAUUCGUGCCAUUUCUUUUUCACUAACUUCUGUGUUAUCCCUUGGGUAUGUCCUAUUCUGCAUUGCUAUUAAGAUCAGGCUGGAUAAUAAGAGGUACAGCUCAUCACAAUUAAAAUCAGGAAAUGAACAAAUGAAUCUGCAUUUUUAGUCAUAGAGAUUUUUGAGUGUGCACAUUCAAACCCACGGAGUUCUUUUAAAGCACUCACUUUCAAAAAACUCAAACGCAGACUUCUCAGAAAGUGACACACAGGUGACUUCCACUAAAUCUGUUUUCAGCUAUAUAUAUAGGUUAUAUAUAGUCAAGUCAUACAGUAACCUUUUUAUAUAUUAAAAUUUCAAUUACCUAGUUUUAAUUUGUUGUCUGUAUUGACAUAAUUUUGGUCUUAAAAACAAGUAACUUUCAUGUUGACCAGCCUUACAUGAAGUUCUUAGUCUUAGCUGGCAAGUAGAGCUAUGGCUACUUAGUUUUUAUAUAUGGCCCUUUAAUUAUGUUGAGGCUCAGACUGACUUAGAAAAAGAUUGUCAUUAAUAUUUCAUGAAAAUAACCAUAAUUCUUAAAGCCAUAUUGUAAUAUCAGAUCAAAAAAUUAACUUUAUUUUAAGAUAUAAUUAAUUUGCUCUUCAGAAAUUAUUUAAUUGCAUUGUAAGCAUCCCGUAUCACAGUACUCCAUGAUUAUCAUGAAUAUAUAUCUAAAAGGAAUAUAAACAUUCAUUGUAGUAAAGUCCAGGAAUUAAUUCAACAUAUUACUUCUCAAUAUAGAAAUAAUAAUAUAUAUUCUCAGUGGGUUUGCAUGUUUAUAAGACAAAAGAGGUAAAUUUAUUUGCCUCCCCCAUAGACAUAUAUAUAUUUAUAUAUAUAUAUAUAUAUAUGGGUAUCCUUAGAGGGCCAUUUAUAAGAACUCUUUAAAAGUUGUUCAUAACAAAUAGAUAGCAUUGGGAAGAAAAUCCAUGUAUGAAUGGUAAAAAGUCCUUUUCAUGAACAAACAGGUAUAAAUAGAAUUCUGGGACUGAACCCCAAUUUAUUCCAUAUUAGGAUCAUUUUAAUGGCUUGCUGCUAGGUGUGUGUGUACUUAUUACUUUCCAUGUAGUACAAGAAGUCUAUGCAAUUGGAAUUGCUUAUUAAUUAUUCUAACAAAAAGGCAAACUGAGAUCCAGAACUAGUGCAAGACUUUUGCAGACCAUAGCAUAUUUUUAAAGGAUUUACUGGCAGAGAGAGUGCAGUAUAAACCUGCAUGAUACAGGAAAACUACAGAAAGUGAAUAAUGAUGCUGAUGCAUUAAAGGGUAGAGGGGAUUUUAUACACUCUCCUCGUGUAAUACAUUACUGUUCUUAUUCAUUAGGCUGUAAUUGAAAUUAUAUUAUUUCCCAGGUGGCUUUUUAGUUCUUAAUGUGCAAGCUUCCAAUGAGCUUAAUAAAACUAAAAGUAGGUUCUAGAAAUGUGUAUUUAUGUUUACUUUCCUUCUACUAGAGAUAACCACCAGUAGAAACAAGCAAUUUGUUUGUAAAAUAAUAUACCAAUCUGUGUAAUUGGGGUGACAGGAUCUAAUCUAUACUGCCUAAGACAAUUUAAAGUCCUAAAAAUAGGUUCCUGUCCUGGUUUUAGUGGAAUAGGCAAGCUCAAAGAAUCAU